GUUCACAGUACUAGGCAAGUAGAAUUACCUUUAUGUUUCCAAGUUUCUGUUUUCUUGUGCAUGAUCUGAUGAUGGCUGUGAAAGUCCCAGUGCCAUUAAGGCCUGGGUGACAAUUAAUGAAAAGUGAGUGGGCACUGGCUGAGUCCUUGGCACAAGAGUGCCUGCUUCCUGCGCCCUCCUUACCUGUCCCUCUGAUCUGCUACCAGACCCCGCAGUGUGGAUAUCUACACCUUCACAUUGUCACCCAGGUUCCAGUCUUUGUCCCAUCUUUCUCUGCUCGGCUCCUGGGCUCUCGUUUGGUCCACCUUAGUGCCUCUUGCCCUCCUGUGCUCUGUUCCUGGUGUGUGUUCCUGAGCAGGCUGAUUUAUCCUCCCUGCUCAGCUCCAGCCCUUCCCUUAUAGGCCUGCUACAGGCCUUCAUAGAACCUCUUGGCUAUAAGCACUUAACAUUCUCUAGGCCAAUGUGGCAAACAUAGGGUACACGCACUGCUGCAGGCAGGCAAAGCCCUCUGUGCAGGCAUACAAGCCAAGUGGCCCCAGAAUCAAGCACUGGGUAACAGUUGAUUGUUCUAAACUGAAAUGUAGGUGUUCAGGUUUAAUUGCAGUGAUGGUGCCCUUCAGUAAGUAAGUAGGUUUUGGGCUGCAGUUUAGGCGCUCAACCCCUAAAAGGUGCACUAUUACUGUUUUAGGAGUUUUUCCUCUACAGUUGAUCACACAUGUCCCCAACUCACUGCAUGUCUUUUGGGAAGUCCUGCGUCUGUGCCCUGACUCUCCUGCUGUGUGUACUCUUUAAGGACACAGUGAGGCACAGUUGCCAGUGUCUGAGGUAUAUGUUGCAUGUGCCGUUAGGACAGAUAAGGGAGAUGAGCUGAUGCCCUCACUCCACUACAGUGGGGGACAGCUUUUAGUUUAAGGCCAAACUUACCAGAGCUGUAGCAUUUGCAGUGAACAUAAAGGAUAUACAACUUGAAGUCUUUGUAAAUUCCAAAAUGUGAAUGCUAGUACAGCUUGUAACUCUUUCUAUAAAAUGGAUUUUUGUUCCUAAUGGGGGAAUUUAUUGAAGUCUUUAUUUUUAUAUGGAGGACAAUGUGCAGGUCCAAACUCCAUGGCACACUCAGAGCACCACAGGGCUUAGCAUCUGUCUUUCCAAUUUGCUGGCGUCCAGCAAAGGCACUGUUUAGAUCCCCCUCCCUCAUCCCCUGUUCUAGCUCCCAGCUUUCUUGGAGGGGAUUUGUGCUUAUUUUAUUAGAUAAAUGAAGUAGACUUUUAUUUUGCAUUCUAUUUAGUACUCUUUAUUAUUUCCAAAGUUUGGAGUGUCUGGCGAGCAGCAGAGAACUUAGCCAGCUACUUUGGAUCCUGGUGGCAACACACUGGCUCUCUCAUGGCUGUGGUUGACCAGUCAGCAGAGGAGUUCUUGUGGAGGUAGCUAUGGGCUAAGUUUUCCCAAAGUCAGACCCAGCUGGAUGACCCUCACACACUGACAAAUGAGGCAACCACUGGCUGUCAUCUCAGGCAAAGAACACAUUGGAUAUCACAGAGGCCAAGUGGCCACAGCCUAGCCUUAUCUGCAGAGGCACAAAUCGAAGGCCCAGGACUCUGGUUGGAAGAUUUCAAAGGCUGGGUGCAGAUCCUCAGUGGUUCCCUCCCCUGUCAGCAACAGAGAGAGGCAUUCACUCUUGAGCUCCUCCCCACCUGCCUGCAGCCUGGGCAUGGGGCCUUGUUUCCAAGGAGGGAAGCGAGAUGAGAUCUCACAAUCCUGUCCCCUCAGUCCUGCGUAUCUGCCUGGGAGUGCUUUGCACAAUGGUCCACAUGUCUGUUUAGCAUAAUCUUGGCCCAGGCGGGCCAUUUCAAGGGCUAGAAAUCUACUAGGCUCUCAUUCAUGCUAAAGGAGGAUGUGAAAGGAGGAGGUGAGAGGAAGUAUUUGGUCAAAAAUGAGCUGGAGAAUAUUGAAGUACACAUCUCUAAACACCCGCGAGGGCUUUGCUUUCUCUCUGGGUGUCUGGGCAGUUCUGCUAGCUUUUCUGCUUCCUGCAAAGAAUAGACGCUUAUACUAGAGGAAGGAGGAGAAGGAAUAAAGAAGGAGGAAAGUGCUCCCGGCUCUAUUCUGCAUCUAGGGACAACUGGGGCUCCUCUUACAUGAAAGAGGACAAGCCACCCAGAGCCCAGGAAACUGCAGGCCCAGUCAGAGAAUCAUGAAGCAGAACUCAGGAAGAAGAGACUUCUGUUCAGAUGGAAGACAGAGACAUCUACUGUAGUUCCCUGUGACCCUGUGACCACCGGGUCUGCAGAAGAUUAGACCAGUGAAAGAAUUCAGGAGAGCAGCUGAUGGGCCCAAGCAGAGUUCGGUGGGAAGAGAAAGAAAUUCUGGAAAGUGACCUGGGGUUCAGAAACGUUCCAUCUCGUUGACAGAGCGGUCCUCACAGUGAUGAUGUGGGGGACCAGACAACCACCUAGGGGAGUGUAGCUGGACAGUCCACUUGGGAUCAGCGCAUUUCCUGAGCUAACUCCCAGCUCUCCUGUCAUUGCUGCUGGUGAGCUGGCACAGGGAACCAUCCAUUCCUUUUCUCUACCAGGCCUGCAUCUUUAGCUCAGAGCAAGGAUCACCAUGGGUGAGGAAUCAGCAAAUUCCAACAAUAGCAUCUAUUUCGUGGAGUACUCUGACUCAGUUAGUACUGUGUACUAUACACCUGAUGAGGAUGACUUACUGUGCUCCAUGGAGGACGUCAGGCAAUUCUCCAGGAAGUUCGUGCCGAUCGCAUACUCCUUGAUCUGUGUGUUUGGCCUCCUGGGUAAUAUUCUUGUGGUGAUCACCUUUGCCUUUUAUAAAAAGGCCAAGUCUAUGACAGACGUUUAUCUCUUGAACAUGGCCAUAGCAGAUAUACUUUUUGUCCUUACUCUGCCAUUCUGGGCGGUGAGUCAUGCCACUGGUGAAUGGACUUUCAGCAAUGCAUUGUGCAAACUGAUGAAAGGUAUCUACGCUGUCAACUUCAACUGUGGUAUGCUGCUCUUGGCCUGUAUCAGCAUGGACCGGUAUAUUGCCAUUGUACAGGCAACCAAAUCUUUCUGGUUCCGGUCCAGGACUCUGGCACACAGCAGAAUAAUCUGCCUUGCAGUGUGGGUGUUGUCACUGAUCAUCUCCAGCCCAACAUUUGUCUUUAACCAGAAAUAUAAUAUACAAGGCAGUGUUGCCCAUGUCUGUGAGCCCAGGUACAACAGAGACUCAGACCCUAUCAUGUGGAAGCUUCUGGUGCUGGGGCUGCAGCUGCUGUUUGGAUUCUUUAUCCCCCUGGUGUUUAUGGUUUUCUGCUACACGUUCAUUGUCAAGACCUUAGUGCAGGCUCAGAAUUCUAAAAGGCACAGAGCCAUCCGUGUGGUGAUAGCGGUGGUGCUUGUUUUCUUGGCUUGCCAGAUACCUCAUAAUAUUCUCCUUCUGAUGACUGCUGCGAACCUGGGCAAAAUGGAUCGAUCCUGCAGGAGUGAAAAGCUCAUGGGAUACACCAAAAAUGUCACGGAAGUCCUGGCCUUCCUCCACUGCUGCCUCAACCCCGUGCUCUACGCGUUUAUCGGUCAAAGGUUCAGAAACUACUUCCUGAAGAUCAUGAAGGAUAUGUGGUGUGUGAGAAGAAAGCACAAGGCGCUGAGCUUCCCCUGUGCCAGGCUGAAUUCAGAAGCAUUCGUUUCCAGGCAGACUAGUGAGAUCGUGGACAAUGACAAUGCGUCAUCUUUCACUAUGUGAUGAGGACAUGCAAGUCAAAUGUCCUUAACGGCUCUGUGAAACUUGCUAAUUGAAGAAUAACACACACACACCCACACACACACACACACACACCCCUUCAUGGCCAAAUACACAAAUGUGGAAAUCAGACAAAAUGUGACUCUCAGAUCAUGACUUCUUGUGCCCCAGCCAUGCAAAUCUCUGUAUGGGGUGGUGGGAGGUGGGGGGGGGGGGUCUGAAAAAAGCUUUCCCUAAAUCUGCUUGAGAAGAAACAUUUGUGGUUCUGGAAGCUCAUAGGGCUGCCUUCCCACAAAACAGGUUGUGGGAAAUGCUAAAUUAAAGUGAAUUGUUAAUGUAUGUAAAAAUUUUUAGAAAUAUUUGUGAUGUGGUCAUACUACAAAAUCCCCUGGUUAUAGGAAGAGAUGGUAUAAUUGAAAGACGGAAAGAAAGAAAGAAAGAAAGAAAGAAAGAAAGAAAGAAAGAAAGAAAGAGAAAGAAAGAAAGAAAGAAAGAAAGAAAGAAAGGAAGAAAGAGAAAGAAAGAAAGAAAGAAAGAAAGAAAGAAAGAAAGAAUACCUAGAAGUGAU